AAAAGUGAUUUUAGCGGAACUCCUGUGACGUGAUUUCCGUUCCGCGAAGCUGAAACUUUGGCGCGCCAGACUUUUAAACAAGCACUAAUGGAGACAUCAGACAAAACAUCGUGAGGAUGACUCCUCUCUUAACACCGAGCCAGUGCAGUAGUGUAUGUAAUUUAGUUUAGUAAAUUACGUGUAGUUGUUAAGUUGUUAAAUGAUCUGUUCGUUGCUGGGUUGGUAAAUGAUGUGUUCGUUCAAAUCUAAACACAACGAGCUGUAACGUUAGCUGAGCUUAGCCUUGGUUAGAUAACAACUCCGGUCCGCUGCUAAAAAUCAGACUAUUAAACUGCGUCGGCCAGAGGUGGACUAACUUCAGGCUGCUGUUUAGUCAGAGUCACCAUGAACAGGACCAAGGUGAAGAACACAAAGGUGUGUGGAGGGCAGAGGAACAUCUCCACUUUCUUUUCCUCCCAAAACCAGAAGGACUUGUCAUCCUCUACAAAAAUAUCCAUUAAAGAUGGAGAAAGCUCUCUAUUCAGACCCCUUUCACCGUCAAAGAGGAGUAUCCUUGGAAACCUUGAAAACCUGCCCUCCUCACCAGAUCUCAUCCUCUCUGUGCCUGAAACUCCCAACAGUCAGAUCAGGCGUAUCUGCUCCUCUUCCUCCAGAGAGGUUGGACGACUGAGUCCAGAGCCCAGCGGAGAUCGGUCAUGUCUGGUAAAGAUGGGCCAAAUGUCCCCAAUCUGUCGCAGUCCUCUCUCCAAGGAGCAGAGCGUACAGAGAGUAAUGACUGACGAUGGAGUAAGGACCAAUUGGCGAAAUGGAUGUUCUGGCAAAAGACUCUUCAGUCCUCCUGAAGAAUCCAACAAUGCCAAGAGACAAAGAAUUGCCAAUCAAUUUCAGCCCAGUGCUGUUAUCAGUCCCAAAGGCUGCAGCAUAAAAAUAGGAAAACCUGUGACUGGUCCUCAGAUCUCCAGUGACCCAUCAGCUGGCCGGCCUGAGAAGUUGUCUGUUUCUCUCCACUCUUUGGGGGAACAGAAAAAACAUCCGGAGGUACAAAAUAGGAAAGCUUCAGGCUUUACUGUGAUAACAGAGCAGAAAGUAACAGACUUGAAAACCAACGUACACACUCGUCUGGAGACUUACUCUGUCACUGACAAUAUACAUAAACCCAGUGCACAAACUGUCCCACCUGUACCAGAGAUCGAGUCUGCCCUAAACGUGGACGAGGCUAAAGGAACACCAAUGACGGAUGGAGACAAAGACAAAGAAACAUCAUCAAAUCAGGAGCAAGGUGCAGGACUGACGUCUGCAGGUCCCACAGAAGAGAUGCUGGAUGAGAGCUGGUUUGCAGAGCAGAUGGAUGAUAAUGAAGGACUUGUGACAGAGGAUAAGUCCAAAAAGCCCCGUAAAGUUCCAGACCAUGUGAUUCUUUCUGGAGGCCCCAACAACCGCUACUGGGUUGUGGAUAUUGAGGAGAGACCUGGCCACAAAACACUGAUCAUCUCAUGCUCCAAGUCUCUACAUCCAACAGAGACUUGUCUUCUCAAAGAUGGAUGGGAGAUGACACCCGUCCGUCGUGGUGAUGUGGUCCAUCUGGAGGGCCACUCUGAUGGUGGAUCCUGGGUGGUGGACAGGGAGCAGGGCUUCCUGGUUUUACUGCCCGAUACCCUCAUCUCAGGUACCAGCAUCUCCAGCUCCAUCCGCUGCAUGAGGCGUGCAGUACUGGGCGACCUGUUCAAGAGUUUUGAUGGUGUCUCCAAGCAAAUGCUUAACGGCACCAUAGUCCAUGAAGUCUUUCAGAGAGCAGCUACAGCCAAAGAUUUUUCUUUGGAGAAGUUGUCCAAGCUGGCGGACGAGGCGCUGCACAGUCCUCGGUACCUGGGAGACAUGUACAGUUUGGGUGUGAGUCAGGAAGAGAUGAAGCAGGAACUUCAUGAUUAUCUGCCCUCGCUGGAGCUCUGGGCAAAUGAGUACCUCAACUCCACGACACCAAAAGCAAUCAGUUUUAAACUCCCUAGCAACAGCAGAGCACCAAGCAGGGGCCAGGACUCUGCAGCUGUUGCCACGGUUACAGAGCUGGCAGACAUAGAAGAGAACGUCUGGGCCCCGAGAUUUGGCCUGAAAGGGAAAAUCGAUGUGACGGCACGGGUUCAAAUACAAAGACCACGAAAUGGCAACCACCGAAUUCCAGAGGAAAAGACCGUCCCCCUCGAGCUGAAAACUGGAAGAGAGUCAAACUCGAUAGAACAUCGUAGUCAGGUGAUUCUGUACACUAUAAUGAGCUUAGAGAGAUACAAUCCUGAAGCUGGAUUCCUUCUUUACCUCAAGACUGGCAACAUGCACCCAGUAGUAGCCAGCCACAUGGACCGCAGAGAGCUGCUGAAGCUGAGGAACACUUUAGUCCAUCACAUUCACAACUGUGUGGAGAAAAAGGCCGAGCACAGCCAUCUCUCCAGGCUCCCUGACAUCCUGACUUGCAGACAGACGUGCCAGUACUGUCCUCAGAAGAGAAACUGUGCUCUAUAUGAGAGAGCGUUGGAUACCAGCUCCUCAGACGUCAGUGAGGAAGUUGUGCGGGACUUUCUGGAGCAAGAGACGGGUCACCUCACUCCACCACACCUGGACUAUUUUUCCCAUUGGCUGCUGCUCUGCUGCCUGGAGGCCACCGCCAUGGAGGCCAAGAACGGGCGGAAGCGCGUGUGGCUUCAGACGGUUGAGGAAAGUGAGAAGUAUGGGAGCUGCGUGGGGAAUCUGCAGCUCAGCGGCCCAGUGAUUGUGCAGUCUGAGGGCGUUUUCCUCCAUCGCUUCAAGCGCAGUAUUGUUGCAUCGCAGCAAGGUUCAAACAACGGCUCUCUGGCCAGCGGAGAUCGCGUUGUCCUGGGUGACCAGGAAGGCCGCUUUGUUGGCUUGGCGACGGGGUACCUGUGUGAGGUCAGCAGGGCGUCGAUCAGCUGCACACUGGACAGGGAUCUGUCAAAGUUCAGAGGUGUGUUGUUGCGACUGGACGCUGAUGAAGGUGUGGUGGGCCUCAGCACUCACCUCACCAAUCUCUCCAAACUGAUGGAAAACUGUCAGGACAGUGAUCGUCUGAGGGAGCUGAUUGUUGACCUCCGCCCUCCUGAGUUCAUCUCCAACCUCAGUUCAGUUCUGCCCAGAGACGCCAAGGACAUCGUGGCCAACAUCCUCAAAGGUCUCAAUAAACCCCAGAAACAGGCCAUGAAGAAAGUGUUGUUAUCUAAAGACUAUACGCUCAUCGUCGGAAUGCCGGGUACAGGAAAAACCACAACCAUCUGCACCCUGGUUCGUAUCCUACAUGCAUGUGGGUUCAGUGUGUUGCUGACCAGCUACACCCACUCUGCUGUCGACAACAUCCUGCUGAAGCUCAAACGUUUCCGUGUUGGUUUUCUCCGUCUGGGACAAGGACAGAAGGUUCAUCCAGACAUCCUGUCCUAUACAGAAGAAAGUGUGAGGAAGACAGGAGUUCACACUCUGUCAGAGCUGGAGCAGCUUUAUAACAAAGAGCUGGUCGUGGCAACCACCUGUAUGGGGAUCAAGCAUCCCAUUUUCACCCGUCGUCGGUUUGAUUUCUGCAUCAUAGAUGAAGCGUCACAGAUCAGCCAGCCCAUCUGUCUGGGGCCGCUGUUCUAUGCCAACAGAUUCGUCCUGGUUGGAGACCAUCAACAACUGCCACCAAUAGUGCAAAACCAAGAAGCCAGAUCUCUCGGGAUGGACGAAAGUCUAUUUAAGCGACUGGAGCUCCACAGUGAGGCAGUGGUCCAACUCAAUGUACAGUACAGAAUGAACAGGCAGAUCAUGUCUCUCAGUAACUCUCUGAUGUACGACGGACGGCUGGAAUGUGGAUCGGAGAGGACGGCCACAGCCCUGCUCUCCCUGCCCUCUCUGCCGUCUGUGCAGUCGGAGCUCCGUUCCUACUCGCAGGCUCAUCCCCAGCACGACCUCUCGUGGAUCCAUGCCACAUUGUUGCCUAGUAACUCCGUUUGCUUCCUGGACUGCUCAGUGGUGCCUGCUUUGGAGUCGAUGGAGCAGGGAGGAAUAAGCAAUCACACAGAGGCUGCCCUCAUUCACAUACUACUUUCAUUACUGAUAAAGGCAGGGUGUAAGCCCAGUGACAUAGGAGUUAUCGCCCCCUACAGACAGCAGUUAAAGGUUAUCUCAGCUCUGCUGCAAGCCCCUGCUUUCACAGGUGUAGAGGUGAACACGGUGGACAAAUACCAGGGACGGGACAAAAGUCUGAUUAUUUUUUCUUUUGUCAAGAGCACUUCAGAGGACGGAAAUUUAGGAGAGCUGUUGAAGGACUGGCGUCGCCUGAAUGUAGCCAUCACCAGAGCCAAACACAAGCUGGUGAUGGUGGGCUCUGCCACCACCCUGCGACGCUACGCAUCAGUGGAGAAACUCCUCAGCCAUCUCCUGCAGGAGAACAUGAUUAUCCAGCUCCCUCCAGCGGCCGACAAGGUCUUACCCAGCAUGCACCUGUGACAGAGGCCUAUAAAGCUAUGAUGGUCUUUCAGGUCGAGAAGUCAGGGGCUGUGGAUCAGCUCAUUGGAGGAAAUAAUUUAAUUCUAGCCUGCUAAUAAUUAAUUGAAUUAAUUUAACAUAAUUCAAAUACCUUUACAACCAUAGUCCUGUAUGAGAACAAAUGUAGAAAACCGAAUGCUGCCUCACAAGAACUUUCAUGUCUUUGGAAAUCCGUUAUAACACAGUUGUUGUUUUUUUUUCUUUUUAAACGUUGAUCAUUUUUAAAUGCAUCACCCCAGUUUCAAAGGUGUCGCUCAACAUUUACGCUCUGAACAAAGAAGGGUACAGAUAAACUAGACAGUAACGUACUUGCACACUGUAUUCUGCAAGAUCUGUGAAAUGGUCUUACAGUUAAAAUAAUUUCCAUUGACACUGUGAUCAUUUGUGCUACAUCAAACCUCAACUAGGACAGGCUAUUACUGACAUAUGUGUAGUUCAUUUCACCCAGCUACUACAGGAAGAUGAGCUCCUACACUGAAAUGACCACAUCUACAGGACUUUACAAGCUGUAUUAUAGUAGCCAGUUCUUUGCCGUUGUUUUUUCACCUCAAAAUACCUCAUGUGAAGUGUCUAAUUUCUUAUUUAGUGGAAUGAGCCACAACAAACUGGUACAUAAGUAAGCUGUCAGUUUUUGAAGAUUAAUUCACUACAGCAACAUGUAGGUUGUUUAUCACCAGCAGAACUACAGCUGAACAGAGAACAAAGAGGUAUCAUGAUGCCUUGAAACUUAAGUUAUUUUUCAGUGUUGUUUUUGACAGUGCACUCCAAUGUCUUAAACUGUGAUGUUCACCUCUGAUUCAUUAGUUUGAUUGAACAGCAUAUACCAAUUAACUGUGAUGAAGCUCCGCGUCUGAUUUGACCUGUUAAUCUGUUUCUUUGUGUAUUUUUUGAAAACACUUGUGAUUUCCUUUUGCUGUUAUGUGAAUAAAUGAUACAGAUCUUA